AUGCAUCAUUUGCACACUUUCCAUGGAGAUCCCGAGCUGGGCAGUCGGCCCCUCAAAGAAUGGCCAUGCAGCCCGGAUCGAGCCAUCGAGCUUCUCAAGACGUUGUAUGACAGUGAUAAGCCUUUCUUCACGAAGAAAAACCUGAGAGCCGUCUCCAACCAACUCAAUCGUCGCUACAAUACACGAAAAAAGAACAGUGAACAAAAGCAAUUGGUCUCUGUCAAGGGCCUCAGUGGCUCAACUAUCUAUUACCAAGUGAUUACUGGGCGAGUGCUCAUAGGAGCAGGGAAGAACGAAGACUGGGAGAUGGAGGAACCAAAGAUCCGAUACCUUUGCUAUGAGCAGCUCACUUCGUCAGUGAAGUUGGGGAGCAUUGAACUGGUUGAAGCCUUUUUUCCAUUGCAAAUUGAGCAUUUUAUGCUCACACGCGCGAGCGACACCAAGCUGCCCAUCUCCACCGAGUACAUUGAGAACCCCGUACCUGUGGACGUGACUCUCCGGAAUAUUCUGGAUAUAUGGAAGCACACCACUGAAUUCCAGAAGCUCGAGUCCCUCCUCAAGCUUGUCACCCCUCGUAAAGUCACCAAGAUUGUCGGUAUCGCAUCUGGAUCAAUGGAAUUUGGUCCCGACGAUGAGGAUUGCACCUAUCGUAGCGCCAUGCAGCAUUCCAUGAUGAUCACUAUCAAAGAGUCUAUUGGAAAGAUGACAGAUAAAAAGAUCAAAUGCUAUGCCCAGGAUCCUCGCUACACCGCCGUUGACACCUGGGCUCUUGCGGAGUAUAACUGCGAGGUUCUGGAGGACCCCAAGGCUUUGCUUGAAAUUGACGACGACUGUAUUCUCUUUUCUUGCUGCCCGGCUCUUCCAUUAAAGGAGAUCACUGUUGACUUUGCUCGGCCUGCUAUGCUUAUUUGGGAUCGAGUUGUCGAUGAACCAAACCAUGGGCGCCACAACCCGAACUCCACUCGCGUACAGAACAUGAUCAGAAAUGAAUACGUCUGCCAUGAAUUCUGGGACUUGCGCGAAAUUGGGACUGCUCCCUUUAGGUCUGACCUUGUUGCUUACAUCCGCCGCCAGGCGGAGUAA